AUGCGCACCUUUCCGUUGUCUGUGCUGGUCAUUCUCAGUCUCCUCAUUUGCCUGCCAGUUUGGUUUGGGCUGGAGAAGAUCCCUCAAGAACGCUUGGUUGACAGACGAUGCGACGCUCUACUGAACGAUGGCCACUGGACAGGGUCAUUGUUGUCGAAAGAUGCAGACCAGACUUGGAUUCCAUCAGGCUGCAUGCUCCACACAUACGGUGCUUCGGAUGCCAGGACAUGCCUCACAACGAGAAGCUUAACAUUCCUGGGGGAUUCAACUGCUCGACAACUGUUCUGGGCUGUUGCAAGACAAUUGGACUAUGAGCGGGCCAUCAACAUAAGCGCAGGGACGGGGAAACACACAAACAUCAUAUUUGCUGCCGAGGGAGCAGAGAUCGACUUCAUUUGGGACCCCUUCCUUAAUGAGACGAGCGCCAGAAACGGAACUCGAGUUACGAAAGCAAUCAGACCCAAGUUCAAGCCUGACGUGCUCGGCAUCCCAACCGGCCCUCCAAGCACGAAUCCAAUCAGACCUAAGCACAAACCUGAUAUGCUCGUAAUUGGCGCCGGCCUUUGGCACGUCAAACAUCUCAACAACUCAUACCUACCUCGGUUGACAGAGGGCAUAGGCAAGGAUAACGCUUCACGGUCUUCUGAGCUCGAUCUGAAAAAAAAUGUCAGCCAUGACCUCGAAACACUCUUGCUGCCUAUCACUAUAUCCGUCCGAGCUAGCGACAAGCGCAUCCGGUCAGAAAACCUUACUCGGGAACGUAUCCAUGCUGCUAAUGCCGUCCUUGCUGGUGCGAACACCUCUCAUUACCAUAAAGUCUUGCGGAGCUAUCUCAGCAUGGUCAACAACAUGCCGUCGGCAUAUAUGGCAGACGGGAUCCAUAUCAGCGAUGAGAUCGCCUCCACCCAGGCACAGGUCUUGCUGAACUACAUGUGCAAUGACAUUAUCGACAUCCCACGACAACAAUCUCAAGAACAUUGCUGCAGUGCUCACGUUUCGCCAAAUCCUCUGCAGAAAGCGAUCCUUCUGGGCGGAGUAUACUUGAUCGUGUAUCAUUUGCUAGCAUUGCUCUUCCGAUGUUGCUCCAGUGACGUGAAGGUGCUCCCCACUGCAAGGACUCAGCAACUUUCUGGUGGCCUGGCUACGGUCUCAUUUGCUGUGCUCUGCUGCUUCGCAUCGGACAGGACUGCUCUGUUCGGGAAAGAGUCGAAAACAGUCGACCAGACCAUGUUCCUCUGCAUAACGGCGCUUUCGUGCCUGUCAGGGUUCACUACUCUCAAGUCAAAGACAGCUACGACUGGCAACUCAAAAGGUGGCAUAACCUCGCAAUUGAGCGGACGGCAGCUACUGUCCAGAGACCAGACAGAAGAGUGGAAGGGCUGGAUGCAGAUUGUCAUUCUCCUUUACCACUACUUCGCGAUGUCGAAAGUUCUAUGGGUCUACCAGUUUGUUCGGCUACUUGUCGCCUCGUACAUCUUCAUGACGGCCUGGGGCCAUACCAUGUACUUCAUCCGCACCAACGACUUUUCACUCCGAAGAGUGGUCAAUGUGCUGAUGAGGACCAAUCUGCUGAACGUCAUUUUGGCGUUUGCCAUGGGCACGCAGUACGACUUGUACUACUUCCCAGUGUUAUCGAGUGUUUGGUUCCUGAUCGUCUGGAUCACUAUUCCGAGGGCAUCCUCCUCCGGUGCGAGAGUGCACUCAUUUUGCUUUCGUCUGGUGCUAUCCAUAACGAUUGUUAGCAUUAUCAGAUCGAGAACUGCCGCCCUCGAAGCCUGGCUGGCGAGUCUUGACAGUCUGGGCCCGGGGAUAUUCAGACUCAAUGCACGUGAAUUCGUGUUUCGAUUCUCGCUGGAUGCCUACAUUGCAUACCUUGGCAUGGUGCUGGCCUUUUUCUACUCGCGAUUUGGAGCCACACGUGGAUCAGCGUCAUUCGAUCUAUUCCGUGGUCCCUUCAUGCCGACCACGAUCGUGGUAUUGAUAGCAGCAUGCAACCUGGUCGGCUACACGCUAUUUUGCGGUCGGGUCUCGGACAAGCACCAUUACAAUAGGUGGCACCCCUUCAUAUCACCUUUGCCGGUCAUGGCAUUUGUCGUUCUGCGGAACUCGACCUCCAGAAUUUCGAGGUCUCACAGCCGUCUUUUCGCCUGGUUCGGCCGCUGUUCAUUGGAAACAUUUGUGCUGCAAUACCAUAUCUGGCUCGGUGCAGACACGCAUGGGUUGCUUCGAUUCGGUAUGGCUGAGAUUUUGUUAUAUCGCUAUGGGGUCAAAGGCACCUACUGGUGGAACAUGCUCGACACCUUUAUCGUCUCGGUGGUAUUCCUUGGUUUAAGCCAUUCAGUUUCGAAGGCCAUGCCCGUGGUCGUGACAAGCUUUCUUGGUGAUGAUGUUGACAAAGGAUGUCUGAAGCAAUGGAGAGAGCCGGUUAAGGACAACAUGACCAUGCGUACGUCGACCUCGGCAAGUCUCAAGUUACAGCAUAGAGUCGUGCUAGGUAUAGGUGCCUUGUGGCUUCUCAACUGCACUUGGCAUUGCUUUGAAUGA